CACAACAAGAGCACACACCAGGCACUCGAGCAGCAAGAGCGGCAACGGUUAAGCGCGGUUGCAGCAGACCAAACGGCGAUUCUAUGAAGAUGGAAGUGCUCUCAGUACAAAAUCACAUUCAGGGAAAAUUCGGUGUUAACAAAAUCAAAGACUGGCCGAGUUCGGGCGUUGCAUCCACCGCGUCGCAUCAGCUGGAGGAGGAGGAGCACGCGGCAGACGUCGACGCCGCACUGGACGCAGACGUUGUGGACGGGCAUCCCGCUUCCGUGCUGCACAUGCGACAGCAGCAGGCACUCAACACGCGGCCGACGGUGCCGAUGGCACCCCCAGUGGCCGGCUCUGGGAAGCAGUCCGCGGUGGCCGCCAGCUUCGACGUGGUCAAUGGCAGCUCUGCUGCCUACCACCACGCCUACAUGACCAACGUGCUGGCCAGCACCGCCCACCAUCCGGGACAUGGCCACGGACCUGGGCCCAGCCCCAUGCCGGCUUCGCCACUGCAAUCGACGGCAGGGGCUCGCUUUGGGGCCGCCGACAACAUGGACGACGUGAGCGCCAGCGCCGUGCGGGACCUGUCGCAGGAGCUGCAGUUCCAGCUGCGUGACGCCAAGCAGCGCCACCUGGCCUGCACCGAGGUGAACCUGCCCGCUGAUCUCACGGAGCGCAUUGCCGCCGAGAUUAUUCGCAUGUCGGACCGGGAGCCAUGUGGCGAGCGCGCCUGCACGCUCUUCAUUGAGUUUGAGAGCGAGCCGAACAAAGUCAGGCGCAUUGCCUCGUUCAAAGUGGACCCAGACACUGUGUCAAUCUUCGAGCUGUACUUGACACUGAAGCAGGACAAUAGCGGCUGGACCUCGAAGCUGCCACAGUUUCUCAAAAAUCUCACACGUAGCAACACCAUCAACAUCAGUCCCGAUUUCACACUGACCAAGAACAAGCUAUACUCAUCGGAGUGAGGCAGCCGCAGGCACAUGGGCGGGGACGUGGGUGUGGAUGUGUGGACACAGAGGCGCUACUCAAUACUCAAUCCCUCCGAAAAACAGUAACAGCAGCCGAAAAGCCGAAAAGCCGAAGUAGCAGCAGCACUGACCCCCGUCCACACUCGCGUCCACGUCCCUGUUUGCUUGGGGUGCACAGGAACGCGCAUGGAAGGCGUUCCAUCAAAGAUCUUCAUCCUGAUUAGUCAGGAAACGUUUAACCGUAGAGGCAACAACUUUGGACCACAACUAUCAACCAAUCAACCAAUCCUGCAAGCAACAAAUCAACAAAACAAAAACAAAACUCAACUCUAACCAACAAUUAUUUUGAAAAAACCUCCUCUAGAGGAAGAAAACCCAACAAACAAACAAAAACAAAUCAACUGCAGUUGCAGGCAACUCAAAACUCUUAUUGGACUGACUUUUGGCUUAAAAAAAAGGUACUUUUUGGAAAAUAUAAAUCGAAAAAUUAUAAAAAGAGGAGGAACGGCCGCAUGGACGGACGGGCGGCACACAAAAAACCAUAAGAAUAAUAUUCAAAAUAUUGUAAAAAAGAGAUGUAAACUGUCAGAGAGUAAAAUAACUUCACUCAGUGAGCGGUUGUCGGGGACCCGUUGUGAGCAGAAGGGCAAAAUGUAACCCCACACGCAGACGGGAUCAUAGAGUAUUUAUUAGUGUACGGAUGUGCAUACCAUCAUCAUCGCAGACACUG